AUGCCUGUUCCCCACUACGGCGUCUGGGCUUGUAAGGCGGUUGACAUUUAUGCCGAACCACCUAACGUGCGCACGCCACACAUCUAUCUUCAAUUUAAUGAUAACUCUUCGGGAACGCGAGAGGCUGCUAUUAACGUCGAGGGCAGCGGUCAAGAGUCUCGUCUCGUGUACAAGUUACCAAAUGAAUUGCCUUCUGAAGUCACCCGCAAACUUGAGGGCCUCAAGCUAGGCUUUCACCUAAUUCAGGACUUUGACACGGAUGGGAACCUAGACAAGCAUCGCCAUCAUCACUUACACUAUAGACACCAGAGACUGCGCCACACCGAUCUACAGGGACUCGACUAUCAGCGUACUGAGGGUCUGGUGAACAUUCUGGAAGGCGAGAUCUUGGAGUAUGAUACGGAAGGGCCUAACAAUGACCUAAGAGAGAAGCUGGUCCCCCUCCUCGAGGAAGCUAAGAAAGAGAAAGAUACCACGACUGUCUAUAUAUUUGGCUCGUCUUACGGAUCAGGAAUCCAUAAUAUUCAUAUGAACCAAGGCAGCCAUCCGAAGUAUGACAAUGGUAUCUACUCAGAUGGGGCCCUACUGUUCAGGUUCGGGGAAAACUGGAAAGGAGUGUUUCUGGCCUUUGCUUCCCAGAUGCUACCGACUGAUUAUAAUGGAUUAGCAGAGCCAAAUAGUGAAAGCUUGGCGCAGUCAAUUAUGGGCACAUGA